AUGACGAAGAACUAUCCAGCUGUAAGCGAAGAGUAUAGCAAGGCCGUUGAAAAGGCAAGGAAGAAGCUGAGAGGCUUGAUUGCAGAGAAGAACUGCGCUCCUCUCAUGCUUCGUCUAGCAUGGCACUCAGCUGGGACCUUCGAUGUUAAGACCAAAACCGGAGGGCCAUUUGGGACCAUGAGGCACUCGGCGGAGCUGGCACAUGGUGCUAACAGUGGCCUAGAUAUUGCUGUCAGACUCCUUGAGCCCAUCAAGGAGCAGUUUCCCAUUCUCUCCUACGCCGAUUUCUACCAACUUGCCGGCGUUGUUGCUGUUGAAGUCACUGGUGGUCCUGAUAUUCCUUUCCACCCUGGGAGGGAGGACAAGCCCGAGCCACCUCCAGAAGGUCGUCUGCCUGAUGCUACCAAGGGUUCUGACCACUUGAGGGAUGUCUUUGGCCACAUGGGCCUCAGUGACAAGGAUAUUGUAGCUCUCUCUGGGGGCCACACCCUGGGAAGGUGCCACAAGGAGCGCUCUGGUUUCGAGGGACCCUGGACUGCUAACCCUCUCAUUUUUGAUAACUCUUACUUCAAGGAGCUCUUGAGUGGCGAGAAGGAAGGGCUUCUGCAACUGCCAACUGACAAGGCUCUUCUAUCUGACCCUAUCUUCCGCCCAUAUGUUGAAAAAUAUGCUGCAGAUGAAGAUGCUUUCUUUGAAGAUUAUUCUGAAGCUCAUCUGAAGCUCUCUGAACUGGGAUUUGCUGAUGCCUAA